CGGGGCGAGGAGCGGGGGUCGCGCGGGCGCGGGCGCCGUGCGCGCGCAGCGGGGGGCGGGGCGCCGCCGGCCCCGCCCCCUCGGGCGCCAAUCCGCGGCGGCGUGGAGGGGCGGCCGGGCCCCUGGCCUCUAUUUACUCUUUCAAUCAGUGCGAGUGUUUGCCCCUGGCCGGCGUGCACGCGCGGGUGAUGCGCUAGCCAUGAUCUCGCAGAAGCUGUCGUACGGCGACGUGCCGACGUCCGCGGCGCUGAGCUCGCUGUCGCCGGGCCUCGCGCCGCCCUACGUGAACAGCAUGGGCUGCAUGCCAGCCCAGCCCUACCCGAACCUGUACUCCAACAACAUGGUGGCCGGCGGCUCGUGCAUGGGCUCCCCGGGCGUGGGCUACUCGCCGCCCAGCACCAUGGCGUCCUGCAUGGGCGGCGCCGGCGGCGUGCCCUACGGGUCCCUGCCGAGAGAACAGGAGGCCGCCUCGCCGACCUCGGCGCUCCAGCGAGCGCGGAACGACAAAACCUACCGCCGCUCCUACACGCACGCGAAACCGCCCUACUCCUACAUCUCGCUCAUCACCAUGGCCAUCCAGAACAACCCCACGCGAAUGCUGACGCUCUCGGAAAUCUACCAGUUCAUCAUGGAUUUAUUCCCGUUCUACAGACAAAACCAGCAGCGCUGGCAGAACUCCAUCCGGCAUUCGCUAUCUUUCAACGACUGCUUCGUGAAAGUUCCGCGGACGCCCGACAAGCCCGGGAAAGGGUCGUUCUGGACGCUGCAUCCGGACAGCGGGAACAUGUUUGAGAACGGCUGUUUCCUCCGUCGUCAAAAGCGAUUUAAAGAUGAGAAGAAGGAGGUGAUUAGACAAGCGCAGAAAGCGACGCACGGGCACGGACAUCACGGGGGGCACGAGAAGAGAGAUCACCACGAUAAGGGCGGGGAGCUCCGCGCGCCUGGCGGCGGCGUCGGCGACGACAAAGAGAUGCGUGACGAGCUGCUCGCUCAGCUCCACGCCGCGCCCGAGCUGUGCCUGCCCGAGCACACGCCGCUCGCGCUGGAGCACUACGCGCAGCUGAAGCAGGAGCCGCCGGGGUACGCGCCCGCGCCGCACCCCUUCAGCAUCACGCGGCUGCUGCCCGGAGCCGACACCAAGUCCGACCUGAAGAUGUACGACGUCAACUACGGGUACGGGCACUCGGCGGAGAACUACUACCAGUCGUCGCUGUACCACCACCACCACGCGCACGCGCAGCCGCCCUUGUGACAGUACCCGCUGGCGUAGGCCCGCCGCGGCCCCUGGCCCGGCGCCGACGCCGCGCUCUAACCGCGCAAGUAAGUCAACGGACUCGGCAUUAAAAUCUCAUUAAAUUAUUGAUAUUGGACUCCUGAGUGAGCGUGAUUUGUGUUCUGGUGAUAUUCUAAGACGGUUUGUGUAAAUACGCUAUUUUGUCCAAGCCUAAGUAUCGUUAUAGAAGCGUCGCGUUGUCGCGUUAGGCCUAAUUGUGGAACUUGCGAAAGUGUCCUUUAAAGUCCUUCUGAGCGUCUCCGUCGGCUCUUUUGAAUCAAAUUACAAUAUAAAUAAAAUAAGUGAUCGUUGAGCUUUCUGAUGAGUCGUUUUGUAACUGAAAUGAGCAGAAAUAGAGCUAAUCAGUUGCAUUAGACGAUCGAUACGUUAUCAACAAAACUGUACCUAUCAGUCGCCCGUGGCCGUAGGUAAUACUCG